CGCGUGCGCACUAGCAUACCGGCGACGGCUGUUCAAACGGUGGCCUAGCGAAUAAGGGGAUUACGGAGCCCAAUCUGACAGGCUGCACAAUGAGUCAGGGUAAGGACAAUGCACGCCUCAAAAGCUACAAGAAUAAGUCUCUCAACACAGAUGAGAUGAGAAGGAGGAGGGAAGAGGAAGGCCUGCAGCUCCGUAAACAGAAGAAGGAUGAGCAACUUUUUAAGAGGAGAAAUGUUGCCACUGUGGAGGAUGAUGGCAUCCUGGAUGAGGAUGGGAUGGCUGAUAGCGGCUAUCUGGAGUCCCAGGCCAACAACAUGGACCCACUCAUGGGUGGGGUGAUCUCUGAAGACAUGAUUCAAAUGAUUUUCUCCAGCUCUCCUGAGCAGCAGCUAAUAGGUACUCAGCGCUUUAGGAAACUACUUUCUAAAGAACCCAACCCACCUAUUGAUGAAGUCAUUGCCACUUCAGGGGUGGUGGAGCGCUUUGUUGAGUUCCUGAAAAGAAGAGAAAACUGCACAUUGCAGUUUGAGGCUGCGUGGGUAUUGACCAACAUUGCCUCAGGUACGUCUCACCAGACACGGGUGGUCAUCCAGGCAGGAGCUGUGCCUAUAUUCAUAGAGAUGCUCAGCUCGGAUUUUGAGGACGUACAGGAACAGGCGGUGUGGGCCUUGGGAAACAUAGCAGGAGACAGCACAGAAUGCAGAGACUUUGUCAUAGACUGCAACAUACUGCCCUCACUGGUGCAGUUAUUGGCCAAACAGAAUCGUCUAACAAUGAUGAGGAACGCGGUGUGGGCACUCUCAAACCUGUGCAGAGGAAAGAACCCACCUCCAGAUUUCACUAAGGUGUCUCCGUGUCUCAGCGUGCUGUCUUGGCUGCUGUUUGUAAACGAUACGGACAUCCUAGCUGACGCAUGCUGGGCGCUCUCCUACCUAUCAGAUGGCCCAAAUGACAAAAUCCAGGCUGUUAUUGACUCGGGAGUCUGUCGCAGGCUCGUCGAACUGCUGAUACACGUGGAUUAUAAGGUGGUCUCUCCUGCACUGCGGGCUGUUGGAAACAUAGUCACUGGAGACGAUUUACAGACACAGGUGAUUCUGAACUGUUCAGCGCUGCAGUCUCUACUUCAGCUUCUGAGCAGUCCCAAGGAAUCUAUCAAGAAGGAAGCGUGUUGGACAAUCUCCAACAUCACUGCAGGGAACAGAGCACAAAUACAGAUGGUGAUAGAUGCAGGUCUGCUGCCUCCGCUCAUCACUAUCCUGCAAGUAGCAGAGUUUCGCACAAGGAAGGAGGCAGCGUGGGCCAUUACCAAUGCCACCUCAGGGGGUUCUGCAGAGCAAAUCAGGCACUUAGUGGAACUUGGGUGUAUAAAACCUCUGUGUGACUUGCUCACACUCAUGGACUCCAAAAUAGUUCAGGUGGCUCUAAAUGGCCUGGAGAACAUCCUGCGACUGGGAGAAUUGGAGGCCAAGAGGGGUGGAGGCAUCAACCCCUACUGUGCACUCAUUGAGGAAGCCUAUGGUCUGGACAAACUGGAGUUCCUGCAGAGCCAUGAGAACCAGGAAAUCUACCAGAAAGCCUUUGACCUGAUUGAGCGCUACUUCAACACUGAAGAUGAGGAUCCAUCUUUGGCUCCAGCCGUGGACCUGCAGCAGCAGCAGUUCCUCUUCCAGCAGUGCGAGGCCCCGAUGGAGGGCUUCCAGCUAUAAUGCUAAUUCCUCCCUUUUCCCAGAGCUCCACGUUCAUCCUCACCUUUGCUCUCGUCUCACUCUAUCCCCACAGCCAUGAUCCAGGGUGACAUACCUCGGCCUCCCCCUCCCGUUCCCCUUCUCAUUGUCUGAGAGGUUUAAUCAUCAUCAUGAUUAUUAAAAGCGUACCAUUAAAGGGGCACACUCUGUUCAUGCAUCCAGCACGGGUGAAUUCUGCAGUCUUGUCAGCCAGUUCAAGGUUUCACUCAUUCUGUCUUUUGCUGAAUUAAUUUUUUCCCUCACCUGGACCUCUCCUGUAUGGUUAAGCCCCAACAUUUCCAGCUAUAAACCUUUCCUAUAACCCCAUCCCCACAUUAUUGCUAUUUUUUUUUUUUUUUUUGGUUUUUUGGGGGGGGGAUUCUUCCUCAGCUUAUCCCAAAUAAAAGAACCUCUUUGUGGUCCUGUAGGAUUGGCUUUUGCUAGCUCUUGAGUCUAGUAUUUGGGCUGCACUGCUUGUCUGAUUGAAGCAUUAAUGAGUCUCGAGACAGACGAACAUGGACAUGAUUUCAUUUUCUUUCUUUCUUCUUCUUUUUUUAAUAUAUAUAUAUAUAACCCCCCUCCAUCUACAUUGAGAAUAAUGAACCUAAACACUGGACUGACCAUGAGACGUUGACCGCACACUCGACUGUGGUCACUGGACUGAAAUGCCCACACUGGGCCACAUGGCUAGUUCCAAAAUAAAGACUCAUCUGACCACUACGAAAGGCACGACUCAAGAGUGAAGGUUGCUCUCCGAUCGCAGAUGGACAAUUUUAGAAAUUGCUGAAGGUUGGAGCUCGUCGGUGACAAAUCAGGCUGCUUGCAUUCCCACCUGGAUCUCAUAUCACGCAUUCCUCUUUCCAGUAAUGGGACUAUUCCACCUGCACAGGCUCCAUCCCGAAGAGUUUAGACUGCCUGCUGCCUUCUGGUGUGACGUGAAUUAACCCCAUGGAAUCAUGGGAACCGGAGUCUUCCCACGCACUGAGACAACUGGACAGACUUGGACAAGACAAAAUAGACUAUUUAACCCUGGUUUCUGUCCAGCAGCAGACCAGUGGGGAUUUUUUUUUUUUUUUUAAAUUACCAUAAUUUCAUUUCUUUUGCAGCACUUUAGUUCAGGACUGAUGCCUGCUCAUUGACAAUAGACCACAGUUUAUACAUUAGCUAUGUAAUUGGUUAAUGACACGGCUCUUCCCUCCUAAAAAAGCGAGGUGCAAAGAGGUGGUCUUUAUCGUUGUUCCCCCACCCUCCUGGUAUGACAAGGAUUUACACUGUUUUGCCCUUAACCAGAGAGACUCGAGCAGUUUGUGGACUGAAAAUGUUAGCACACACUUAUCGGAGUUGGAGGAUCAUGGUGCCUCAGCAAAGCUAGAAGAACUUUUAUUCUGACAAAGCAACCUCUACCAAUCAGACAGCAUUUUGAAAAUUGGCCGUUUAUCUGUUAGCUGUGUAAAACAUAACGUUCCAAUACGUGUUCAGGUAGUAUUUUUUUUUUUUUUUUUAAUUCGAUCAUGCCAAAUCAGAAACAUACAGUAUGCCAGCUAUUAGGCCCACAGUUGGUCUUAUUUUCAAUAAAAAGUGUUUUAU